AUGGCGACAAUUCCGCGCAUGACCAUGAUGCCAUGGGAGAAGGCCCUCACACCGACGACGACAACGACGAGCGUGAUGGGCCACACGGCCAUGGAGUGGGCGACCGCCACCAGCAUGAGUCACGAAGCGGCGAGCGACCUCGCGAUGACCAAAGCCCUCCAAGAGCGCACCAAGAAGAUGGGCAUGAUGGACGUGACCGGCGCCACGUCCUUGGACAUUCGCUGGUCGAACCCUCGUGUGUUGACGUUGUCAAGCCCAUCAGGUCAGCAGCCGACACCGACGACAAGCCCGCAAAAGUCGGCUGCGGCCACGUCGCCGGCCUUGAAGAAGGGUGUCGCGGUAUCCGUGCGGCAGGGCGAGGGCCUCUCGAUGGCCGCCCCGUUCAUCAAGUCGCUCGACCUCAUGUUGCGGUCGCACGACCUCCCGAUGAUCUACUGGGACGCGUCGGGUCUCUUCUUCAUCAUCGACGACACGCUGCUCUUCCAGAGUCAAGUGCUGCCGCGCUUCUUCAAGCACAGCAAGAUGUCGAGCUUCCAGCGGCAGCUCAACUACUUUGGCUUUCACAAGCUCACAAAGACCCACUUCAAGGCCGAGGGCAUCGCGUUCAAGCAUGCCCUCUUUACGCGGGAUCUCGAGAAGAGCGCGUACCACCUCGUCAAGCGCAAGACUUCGAGCCAUGGCGAGGCGUCGGCCUUUGAGGUCGCACGGUCGCAGUGCGAGAAGAAAGGCGCAGAGCGCCAUAACACCGAGCUGCAGCGUCUUCCGAGCGUCAAGGUCGAGACCACGAUGCAGCUGCUGCCGACCAUCAGCUCGUGGCACACGUCGUGGCCGUUUGCGGACGACGGCGCGGACCAGUGGACGCUUGCCGAGAUGGAGUGGCUCCACAACAUCGCCAAGGACUUCGACGAGAUGCCACCGAGCUCGUUUGACGCGCCGGCGGUUGUCGUCUCGCCGUGCGGCAGCCCGUACCCCGCUCUCACGUUUUAA